AUGGGAAAAAGAUUGGAUAGAUUUUUAAAUUUUAUAAAAUAGAUUGAUAAAAUAGAUAUUUAUGGCUAGAAGAUUAGCCUCAAAUUCAUGAAAGAGUCUGAAUAUAAAACAAGGUUUGGAGGCUUAAUAACUUUAGUAGUUGGGUUAUUGACUGGACUUUGGACCUUAGUUUCAAUUUAUCAGUUAAUAUAUUCUUCUGUUAAUUCAAUCAUAUCUCAAGAAUAUGUAAUGGAUGCUUAAGAAUUAAAUUCAAUAUCUUUUAAUCCUAAGUCUUAAAAUACAUUUUAGGUAGGGUUUUUCAAUAAAUAAACUCAAUUGCCAAUUGAUUAGAAUUAUUUUAAAAUAGUUUCAUAUUAUAAUUAAGAAUGUGAUAUCAUUAAUUAAAAAGUAGAAGUAUUAUCUUUUUAGGAAAUUCAAAGUAAAUCAGUGGAACUAACUGAUUGCUAAGAUCUUAUAGAAUCAUCUUAAGAAUAUCAGUUUUUAAGUUAAACAAAAGAUGGGUAUUUUUGCUUCAACAAAGACAAAUCAUUUACAGAAAAUGAAGUUUAUCCUGAAAUUUAAUAAACAGUUAACUGUCGUAAUAGUAUUAAUAUUUUGGUAACAAAGAGUAAAGAUUUAGAUGACUAAAUUUUGUAAAACUUAAAGUAAAACAGUACUUUAAGCUUGUCUGUUCCUACAACGUUAGUUGACUAUACAGACAUCCAAAAUCCUUUCGAUUACACAAAUAUUAUGAAACAAUUUGACACAAAUUUGUUUUUUAGUACUUAAUCUAAUAUUUAAUAAAAAUUAAUGAUUUAAAUAAAUUUCUAAGCAUUAAUAAUAGAAGAUGAAAGAAAUUAUUCAAUUCAAUAAAAUAGACUGAUGAAAUCUUUCGCAAUAUAAUCAAUUUCAGAUAAACUUAUCAAUAGUGCUCUUAAUCCUUAGGAGUAAUCUUAGCUUAAAAAUACCAUUAACGAUUCUGAUGUCUUAUUCAAAAUUAAGAUUAGUUUUUCUGAAUAAAACUACAAUAAAAAAUAUAUUAGAUCGUUUUAAAGCAUACCUUCCAUUCUAGGUAGUCUAGGAGGUGGUAUUAAAAUAGUAGUUCUUAUGGGAUUUCUUAUAGUUAGUCCUCUGUGCCAGAUUCAUUUUUAAAAGACUAUGCUAAAUGAGGUGUUUAAUUUUGAAAAUGACUAAGAUGAUGAUGAUGAUGAAAAUUACUAAAAUAACUUUAAUCUUCAGUCACUAAAAUCUUUAGAUGGGAUAUAAACAAAUAACAAAAAUCAUAUAAGUAUUAAUAACAACAGCAAUAUUUCUUAAGCCUAGAAUUAAGAUAAUCCCAAAAAAUAGCAAGUCUCUAAAGGUUUAUAGAAGAUUAACAACUUUGAAAACUAAUAAAAUAUAUUGCAAACUAGUUCUCCAAAAUAUAUUUAGGCUCUCAAAAAUGUCACUAGUUUUAUUUAAAUUCAAAAUAUUAACUAAAAGUAAGAAAACUUACCCACUUCUACUAAAAGUAUUACAAAUUUUAAACAAAUUAAAAAUAUAGAAAAGCCAAUAUAAAAACAAAUCAAUUAAAUAACUAAUAAUUACACACAUUAAAAUAGCAUGAUAUUUUCAAAGCAUUCUCUUUAACAAGAAAACAAUAAUGAUGAACUAAAUUUUACGUAGCUAAGCUAACUGAAAGGUGGAGAAAGGAAAAACAAAAUGAAAGAAAUAAUAAAGGGAACUAUUUUUAUCAAUUCUUAAAGAUAAAUAGACUCUUAACAGUGUAUAGAUCAAAAUUCCCCACUCCCUAAAUUUCCUUAAAGAUUAUCAUUUCUAUCAAACGCUUAAUCAUAGAAAACUAUUGCCUUAACCAAAAAGAAAUAAAAUGACCAAAAGAAAGCUGAAGAAUAAAUAUUUGAAAAAUAUUUCAAGACAACAUUCAAUCCUCUAAAAAUAUCUUUUAUCGAAAGUUUAUUUUACUAUAUAUGGCCUUUCGGUAAAUUCAAAAGAACCAAGGAACAGAUGAGCUAUUCUAUUGAUAAGCUAAAUUACCAUUUAGAUAGUAUUUACAUCAUUAAAAAGCUACUUGAGAUUGAUAAGCUUAAAAUGCUUUUAUUAGAUGAAAAUUAAAUUAAAUUACUAGAAUUCCUUCCAAAACCAACAAUAAAUUUGAAAAAAGUAGUAAACUAAUAAGAAUCUUUUUAGGUUAGCUCUAAUUUAAUAACUGAAGAUGAUUAAAAAAAGAUAAAUAUUUUGUAUUAAGAUACCAGAAAUGAGUUAACAAAAGCUACACAAGCAUUCUAAGCUUUCUAAUCAAUAAAAGCCAAAUCAUCAUUAACAUAAAUCGAUAGAAAAUUAAUAGAUUUACUGGAUCCUAAAAUUGCAGAUUAUUUUAAUUAAGACAGUGAUGAUAAUAAAUCUUAAAUAAUUUAGUUAAACUAAAUGAGUUUAGAAAACGAAAAUAAUCAACUUAAUAUCAAUUAUGAUAAGGAUACAUCAAAUAAAAUUUAACUUAAUUAUCAGUAAGAAAAUACUACUCCUUAAUCUUAGAAUCUGAUAAAAGAAAUUUACUAAAAAAGCAAAGGAAGCAGCGGUUAUAUUAGUUCUCCCUUGGAGAUAUACAGAAGUACAGCUAAGAAAGCAUCUAUGUUUAAAUAACCACAUAUAAAGAGAGGAUCUCUUCAUGUAACUUCUCAAUAUAAUAGAUAAGACGAAGUAGAAGAAUAUCAAAAAAAUAAUUAAAUUUAGAUAAAAUAUAUACAAAAUGAUGGUUAAAGUGAUUAGCAUAUACCUACAAGACUUACUCGCUUAAAAUCAUACUCAAGUGAAGAUAUUAAUAAAAUGCAAAGGCGAAGCAAGGAAAGCUCGGUAUCUAGCUAAUAAAGUAAAGAAGGAUCUAGCUUUUAUUUUGGAGUUAAGAAUAUUUCAGCACAAUACCCUAAAUCACUAGAAAUGUAAUAUGUACUAGACGAUUCUCAUUUGUAGUAAGAUGUAAUUAAUGGAGAUAUGGAAGAAUCUCAGUAAAAAUAACAAUAAAAUUAAAAAAUAUCUUUGGAGUUGAACAAUGAAAUAAAUCAUAGCAACCCUCCUGGAUUGAAAAAAAUCUUCUCAAGCUCCCUAAUCAGUAGUUGUAGUCAUAGCAUUAUUGCAGAUGAAUCAAUAAAACUCUAAAGUAUAGAUUGCCAAAAUUUAUAAAUGUUUACAAAAUAAAAUAAAUUUUGUAAGUCUUCAAAUUUGAUAGUAUCAUAAAAUUAGAAAUAAGCAGAAAAUUAGUCUGAAUAAAUUAAUACCAGCAGUGAAUAGACAUAUUUUAGAGAGAAAAAAAAUUCUUCAAAUGAAGAAAAUAAAUUAGUUUCCCAAUAUGAAAUUCAAAUAAAUUUACAUAAAAAAGUUUAAAGUUAAGAAAAUAUGAGUUGA